GGCGGCAAAUUUCCUUUUUGCAGGGCGGUAGGUGAUGUCUCAUUAAUAUUUACGAGAAAAGUGCUACAUGAUUGGCCACUGCAUGCCUUACAAAAUAGUGUAGCACUGCUGGUACCGGCGAUAUUAGACAAAACUAUAUCGGAAUUCAAUAUAUAAUUGAUAUAGUUUUAACGGUGCCAGCAGUGAAACAACUAGCCAGCUUAUUAGCAGAAAAACUUUAUAUUGUAAAUGAAAACCAUGCUGCAGGUCUAAUAAAUAACAUAUUGUAGUUCUCGACUGGCUAAGAGAUCAUCAGGUGGACAGUAAAGUUCAGUUAUUCGACUGUUUUAUUGUGUGAUUCUUAAAAGGACAGCGUUGACGUGCUCCCGAGAGGAUAAAGUACUGUCCCUUACAAUAUGUUUAGCUUAUCACUUAGUGCAUUGCAGUUACAAAACAUUUACGUAGUUUUACACAACGCGUCGCCACUAAAAUUCCACAUCGACGCAUUUUUAAUGAUCGAUUACAUCGAAUAAUCGUCCCAGCCCUACCUAAAAUGCCCGUGAACAACAUACAACAUCACAUAGUUCUUAUUUAGCGUUGAUACAAAUCAGAUCAAUAUCCAUGGAAAUUAAUCAAAUGAAUAAAUAACUUUUUAAUAAUUAUGUAAACAAAACAUAUCAAGAUACAUGUUGCUCCACCUGGAUUGGGGAGACUGGGGCCUCACCCUGGAGUCCAGCCAAGUACAGACCAAAGGAGUAACAUGGGUUCGCCCUCUUGUAGGCCCACCACCUGCAGGGGGGGCAGUGGGGGUCGGGUGCAGUUAAGGCUGGGCGAUAUGACCUCAAAUCAGUAUCGCGAUUAAUUGAACAUUUUACCUUGAUUAUGAUUGACUGGUAAAUUUUGUGUUUUAUUUCUUUUUUGCUCUUAUUUCAUUUACAAAGUUUAUACUGUAAAUAUGCCCAACUGUUAAAACUGGGUUAUUUUUUGUAAUGAAAGACUGUAUAUUUUAUCUUUUUAUGAUUUAAAAAUAAUUGAAGGAAAGAUAUAGAUCCAUUUAUGGUUAUUCAUUGAAUGUUUGGAACAACUGAUAUCAAAGCACAAAUCGCUUGAAAUGAAAACAUGAAAAAGUUCACAUUUUAGUUUUAAUGUAAAAAACAAGUUCCGUAAAGAAGUAGAAAAUAAAUAGUUUCCAUUACUUGCAAACAAAAUAAAUUGAUGAUCGUUAUAACCAUUUUUUUCCUUUUUAUGUGUCAGGCAGAUUACCGUCUAAUUGACAUUUGUAUAUUUAUUACAAUAAUAUAAGGUAAUAAAAUAGACAGUGUAGCUAUUUACUGAACUUACUUGACUCUUUCAAAGUACAGCAGAGCUGUUUCGAACUGCAGUACUGCACAAAAUAAAUGACUGAAUUGUGUAUAAUUCAAAUGUGCUAUGUAGUCACAAGGCAGCCAGACAGGAUAUGAAAGCAGCAUUGAUAUUUUAAUGUCAUAUGAUGCAUUAGAUAAGCCGGGACACCGUGCCCGCAUACAAGAAGUUAUUUUCUCGCGCGGCUCCUUUAUACUUCUGCUGCAUGUUCAUCAUUCUAUGCCGUAAGAAUGAAGGUUCACAGUUACUGUUUUCUCCGUGUGCAGCCAAACGGAACUGGUCAGAACCAGCUCUGUAAUUAUCGGUGUGACCUUCUUCCAGGGAGGCUGCUAAGUGACUCUCACUUUCCACACAGACAGACAGUACUUUGUGAUAAUAGCAAAUAAAUACAUUUUUCCACUACAUCUAAAUGUAUAAUUUCGACUACAGAUAUAAUACAGUACAGUACUGUACAUAAAAUAUAGCUUAUUAUAGUUUCACUACCACAUCUCGUUGGCUCGUUUUUGGCAGUUUAUCAUUAACUUUGAUGAGUCGAUAUCUGUAAUUGAUAGAAAAUGAAAAUUACUUUCUUUUUUCCAUAAUGUUUUCUGUGCAUGCAGCAUUAGCCUUAGGUACCUAGCCAGAAGCAGAUGGGUUAGAGCAAGUCAAAGUGGCUGGUACGAGAAUUGCAAAGAGAAUUGCCGAAAUUUGAAUAUUUUCCAUAUGUUGAAAGACCUGAUGCAAACACUGUAAGUGGACUACUUGACUAUGUUAAGCAAAUGAUUUAAACAGUAUUUGUACAGGAAUGAUUCUGUCCCGGGCCGGCAUGGUGGUGCAGUGGUUAGCACUGUUGCCUCACACCUCUGGGUCCCAAAUUCGAGUCUCCGCCUGGGUCACAUGUGUGCGUAGCUUGCAUGUUCUCCCCAUGUCGUCAUGGGGUUUCCUCCAGGUACUCCGGUUUCCCCCCAUAGUCCAAAGACAUGCUGAGGCUAAUUGGACUUGCUAAAUUGCCUGCAGGAAUGCAUGUGUGAGUGAAUGGUGUGUGUGUGUGCCCUGCGAUGGGCUGGCCCCCCAUCCUGGGUUGUUCCCUGCCUCGUGCCCAUUGCUUCCGGGAUAGGCUCCAGACCCCCCACGACCCAGUAGGAUAAGCGGUUUGGAAAAUGGAUAGAUGGAUGGAUGAUUCUGUCCCAAGCUGCGGUAAAUCUUUUUUUACCACAGCUUGGGACCCUACUUUGCCUAGUAUGCUCGUGUAGCGCAAGCUAAAACCCUGGGUUCCUUUAAAUCAGAGCUAGAUAAGAUUUAACAACUCUGAGCUAUUAGUUAAGUUCUCCCCAAACGAGCUUGAUGGGCCGAAUGGCCUCCUCUUUGUAGCCAACAUGCACCAUGACCACUGGAUCCACCCCGGCUGGGGCCAAAAGCCUGUGCACACUAUUCGGAAGGUCCCCUACCUGGGCACCAGGCAGGCAAGACACCCUUUUAAUUAUUUGGCUUAAGAAAAUGCCUUUUGCGAGUGAUGAAUUAUACCGACGUUAUAUAUGCCGCAACUUGCCAAGAUAUGUGGACAAAUUGAAAUCAAUGGAAAUCAUGGUUCAUCUCCCCUGCCUUAUGCAGUCUGAUCGGGAUGAAAUAACGGCUAAGAAAGAGAGCAAAGGUGAGUCUGAAGCUGUGGUGCUGCUGUUGGACUGUUUGAAGCGGAGAGAGAACUGGGCUGAUGAUUUAAUCGAGGCCCUGAGAUCCUGUGAGCAAUGGGAACUUGCUUCAGAGCUUGAGAAGGAAUAUGAAUCACUCAAGGUCCGGCCCACUAAGAGUGGUGGCACUCCUGCUUCUGUUCCUGCGACUGCUCCAGUGCUCCGUCACACUGUCUCAAACCUUCCGGAACAUGCAGCUACUGAAGCUGUCCCAGCUGUUCCAGCUCCAUCAGGGACGGGCCACUCAGCUCCACUGCCCAGUCCCUUUCAGGCGGCUUCUGCUGAUAAGGGCAUUACCCCUAAUCACACUGACACUCUUAGUGGUCCAGGUGAGCCCACCUCACAGGUGUCUGCGUCACCCCAUGUCACCCAGCCUGGAGUCACAGAAGAAGUUAAGAAUGCCUCCGUAGUAUCUGCAUCUAGUCCUCAGGAGAGCCUAACUGGCAGGCCAGUACAGGAUACCAACCCAACAGAUGCCCGUCCAAACCCAUUUCCAAAACUAAUACAGACUUCCAAUCCAGGCAAUGAUCAGGUAACUGAUAAUCAUCCCCAUGCGGAGCCUAGUCAAGCACGUCAGGCUCAACGUACUGCCAGGCCAACUGCAUCUUCUGCUGAUCUUAACCAAGCCAAUAAUCCUGCAACUUCCAUCUCCACCGAUGAUGCCAUGUCUGAAGAAAUGUACUUUAGCAAGCCUGGAACGCUUCGUGCCCAUUCUGCCGAGCGAUACCGAUACUUUGACAACCAAAGAGCUGCUGAGUCAGUGGAAGAGGAGCCAUACUCUGGUAAUUCUGACCGCUUGGAGAUGAGCGAAACUGUGCAACACCCAGAGCCGGAAGAGAACUCUUAUGAGAGCCUGCUCGAUAGUCAGGAUGUGCACGUAAUUGAAGGACAUGUGACCGAAGAGAUCCCUGUACUCAAUCAUGCAGGUCAACCCACAAGCCCCGCAAAGGAAAAACUGACCACUCGUCAUGACAACCACCCCACUUCUGGAAGAGCUGACAUGGCAACCCAUGAUUGUCCACAUGAAGGGGGACUCAGCUUCUCCUACAACCUGUUAGAGAACUAUUCUAUCCCUCUCUUUGUUCUGGCUGGAGCAUGCAUUCUGGUCUUGCUAGGGAGACUGAGAAAAUAGGUAUGUUAAAGGGGAUGGUAAAUGUACAGUAUCUCAUACAAUAUCAAAAUCUAUCUUUAUAUGCUUGUCUUUUGAAAACAGAUAUCUCAGUUGAAUGUCUAUAAAUUUCCUCACACAAGAGUUUAAAUAUUCAUCCAUCCAUCUAUUUUCCAAACCGCUUAUCCUACUGGGUCGUUUGGGGUCCACAGCCUAUCCCGGAAGCAAUGGGCACGAGGGUGGGAACAACCCAGGAUGGGGGGGGCAGCCCAUUGCAGGGCACACUCACACACCAUUCACAUACACUCCUACGGGCAAUUUAGCAAGUCCAAUUAGCCUCAGCAUGUCUUUGGACUGUGGGGGGAAACCGGAGUACCCGGAGGAAACCCCACAACGACAUGGGGAGAACAUGCAAACUCCGCACACAUGACCCAGGUGGAGACUCGAACCCGGGUCCCAGAAGUGUGAGGCAACAGUGCUAACCACUACACCACCUUGCCGCCCCAGUGUAAAUAUAUUUUAAAAUAUAUUUUUGCCUGACAUUCUCUUUUGUUUUGCAUAUUCUUUAUUCAUGUAAAACUUUCAUAUAAGAAGGCUCUUAAUCAUGAGCACAUGAGAUGUGUCCCUUUCAGUAAACCAUUCUUAAUACUGCUUUUUAUAUUUACCAAAGCAUCUCCAUUUACUCAUGCAAGUGUGCGAUGGGUCCCUGAAAUUCAAAAAAGGAAUAAAAAAUUAAGCAGGUCUUUGAAGACCCAGUGUAAGGUCUAAUAUAAAGAUAAAGUAAAAGGAGCUCUUGUAUCGGUAUCGGCGGUUGUGUAUCGGUAUUGGAUUGGAACUGAUAAAAUGUGGAUCAGCCCAUCCCUAAUUAAUAGUGUCUGCUGUGUGUAAGAGAGAGAGGCAUUGAUCAGCAUGAUAGAGCAUGUGCGACUAGUGAACCACACAUAUGCCUUUCACUGAAAGAAGUUCCAAUUCACGUUGAGUGCCUGUGAUCAUGAGUGGUGUGCAAUAUUACAAGAUGUAGUAUCGAUCCAAUACCAAGUAAAUACAGGACCAGCAUCACCGAUAUCGAUACUUUUUAAUAACCAAGGUGGAUUAAUCAUCAAAUUGCUAAAGCUGAAUUAAUUUUCAUUACCUUUAAGUGGUUUUGUGAUUAUUUUUUUUUCAUUAAUUUUAUAAAACCCAGGACAGAAUUUGGAAGUUUAUAAGUAAAUAAAUACUUUAUUAUAAAACACAAGUAACACAAAACGUUUUUCUCUUAAAUAAAGUGCAUAAAAUCAGAAAGCCGGCUUUGAAAAAAAUAAAAAAAUUGUGAAAAUACAAUAAACAACGUACGAUAAAAAAUACAAUAAGGUAUCAAUCUCAUUAAACUGGUAUUGAUAUAUUUAACUGCUAUAAAAAAAAUAAUACAAAAUUUUGCACUUUCUCUACAGAGUAUGAAUAGAUGGUAUUCAUAGCCUUAUUGAGCUAGUAUCGGAAAAAAUCAUCGCAGAGUCUCAAAGCACUUAUGUAAGUCGCCCUGGCUAAGGGCGUCUGCCAAAUACUGUAAAUGUAAAAUGUAUUGAUCAAUACCAAUACCAACAUUGUUAUUGAUAUUAUCAAUGCUUGGAUCUAUCCGUCCACCACUAGUGAUCAUCCAGCAUUGUCAGGGAGUUUGCGCAGGUAGCAUAUCAUUCAGCAAGAAAAAAAACAAUGAUCAUUAUCUGUAAAAAGGCGACCUGCUAUGGCGUCUGGAGUAAAGAUAAUUGUAUGAAACGUUAAAUAUAAGUGUUGGCUAGGCUACUCUGGCCGUGUUAAAGGUUAGGUUUCUUCCGUAUUAUGCUUAUUGGGCUACAUUAGGCUAACUAACGUUUCACAUAAUGUCAUUAAAAAAAUUGCAGCUUAUGAAGGGGACAGUUUCAGUAAUGUUGUCCAUAGAAACAUUUUAAAGCCAAAUUUAGAUCAAAUUUAGUGUAUUAGAUGUUUGUUUGUAAUGGUGUGUUAAUAUCAAGCAUUUCUCUUUCAUUUUUAUCUUUAUAUAUGGUUACAAAUAACCUUAAAUUACAUGCUUCAUUCCCAUAAUAUUUUACAGCUCUCUAAUGUUCUUAUGAUAUAGACCAAAAUUAAUUUAGCAAAGCACAUUCAUGUAAUAGCUGUACAUAUCUUGCUGUAACCAUAUCAAUUAAUAGAUAUGGACUGUCAUUUAACACUGCCUAUUCUUCAGAAAACAAGCAUCCUGUAUAUAAUGGACUGUUUUGGACAUUGGUGCUAGUGUUUAAGUGUUGAUUGAUAGUGUUGUGAUUUACUAUCGCAAUUAGGGAGCUGGGGCAGGGCUUUAUGUAUGUCACUUUGUUGUAUUGUGUGUGUUUUUACAUAUAUGCAUUAUUGCUUAAAGUAUGUGAACAUUAAAGUUUUUCAAUAACA